CAACAAUACAAUGGAUUCUCACUUGACAACAACAUUUGUCUUUUUUGUUGCCUUUGCGUUUUCAUUUGCUUAUGCCUACGAUCCCAAUCCUGUUCAAGACUUUUGUGUUGCAGAUCCAAAAGCUACCGUUUUGGUGAAUGGGAGGACAUGCAAGGACCCAAAACUUGUAACAGUAGAUGAUUUCUUCACGUCGGGUCUAGAUACGUCGUCGUCCCCGGUGCCAUCAAUUCCGGGCUCAACAUUUAGCGUCGCUAGCGUUAACGAAAUACCCGGGCUCAACACCCUCGGGCUCACUUUGGUCCGAAACGAAUUUCCGGCCGGGUCGGUCACCCCACCCCACACCCACCCUCGAGCCACUGAGAUGGUCCUUCUAUUACAAGGGCAAAUGUACUUUGGAUUUGUGACCGUUGACCCAACCAAUGGCACCAAAAGUCGGGUGUAUGCAAGAGAAUACAAAGCUGGAGAUGUAUUUGUGAUACCCCCAGGGCUUGUCCAUUUUGGUAAAAACAGUGGCAAUGAAACAGCAAUUACUAUUACAGCUUUCAAUAGUCAAAGUCCAGGUUUCAACUUUGUGCCACCUCAGCUCUUUGGAAAAGACUCUGCAAUCCCUGUGGAUAUAUUGUCCAAGUCUUUCAGAGUGGAUGCAGAAGUGAUUGAAGAAAUUAGGUCACAUUUCUGAUCUCUUGUUCUUGGAAAGAAUAAUUGAUCUUCAACUAUAAGUAGAGAGAUCGAAGAUACCUAGCUUAAUUAGCUAUUAACAUGUGAUUGUUAGUGCAUAAGUUGUACUCCGUAUUAAACAUAAUAAUGUCCUUGCUUAAAAGUUGAGCACAUCAUAAUAAAUGAUACAUACAAGC